CGUUGGUUAAUCUAUUGAAUAUUAAUAUUACAAAUUGUGCUUCAGUAUAUUUAUUCAGAUAUGUAUCAAACAGUACAUUGUAAAAAGUGAAACAAAUUUCGUGAGAACUCGACGCACUCGUGUUCUGGCUGUCGAACGUACGGACCUCUCGUGCAACAUCGCUGAAUAAAAUAAUAGUGAUAAUCAGACGAUUUUUCCUAUUAAUUUUACUUUAUUUGACUAUGGCAUCUUUAAAAGCAACAGAAAAAGAAAUAACAAUAAAAGCUCCGUGGGGAAAUAUAAAAGGUUUGACCUGGGGUGAUCCCACGAACCGACCAGUCUUACUGAGCCCUGGACGUAUCGUACCCUGUUCUGGUUUCCGCCCUCUUAUUCUCAAGUUACCAACAAAUUUUUUCUACGUCAGUAUUGAUUUACCAGGGAACGGGUAUUCCGAUCAUCUCCCUCCAGGAGUACGAUUCACAAUAUGGGAUUUAGUACCGACUUUAGAGAGAGUCGUUGAACAUUUUAAAUGGAAACAUUUUAUUUACAUUGCACAUUCGCUUGGAACAGCUAUAGGUAAAUAUUUCAAUAUGGCCUACCCGGGUAUGAUGAUGAAAGUGGUAGACCUGGAUCCAGUACCAGCGUAUCACACGGUCACUCCAGAAGAGAUACCGAUCUGGUACAAGGAUAUAUAUGGAAGUCAUUACCAGGAUAAGUCGUAUAAAAAACACACAAGUGGCAAGGAAACCGCACCGAAGUAUAGCUAUCAGCAGAUUAAACAAAUGAUAAUGAAAGCUCAACAAUUAUCUGAAGAGGCAGUGAAUCAUGUAUUAGAUAGAUACAUAGAACCAGUAGGGGAUGGAAUGUACAGAUUCACAUACGACCAACGCAUGAAAAGUACAUUCAAGUUACCGUUCCAACCUCAACAGUUAAAAGAAAUGUAUACUUCACUUAAAACACCAACACUCGCUAUAAUAUCUAAAGGUUCCAUAGACAUAGGGGCGUACAGCCGUGUACCCUUCGUGAUGGACGAGGACGCUUGGCCGCAUGGCAAUUACAGAUACAAAAUUGUUGACGGUGGACAUGACGUACACCUUGAAAACCCGGAUUGUAUGGCGGAUGACAUAUCAAAGUUUUUAUUGGAAGACAUUAAAGCUAAACUUUAAAUGUCUUAUAUCGAAUAAGUAAUAUAUAAGUCCGUCCAAUAUAUAUAAAAUAAAAUAAAUGGUUAAUUUGUCUAUGAAACGUAUUUUAAAAGUUACUUUUUAAAUAACGGUGGUCGUCACGAGACGCUCUGCAAAUUUGAAACAUCGAAACUUAUGUUUUUUAAGGAAUUUUUAACUAAAGAAAACCAAUUAAAAAAUAUUGAGUAAAAUAUACAAUAACGUUAUUUCGUUAAUAGAUAUGUAUAACUCAGUAAUAUAAUAUCUAAUUAUAAUAAUGUCCUCCAGACUGAUUUCGGCCAUGGCGGCCAAUCUCAAGAGAGAUUAGCCAACUGUGCAGGAUAUAUUUAGUGCACAAGUGUGUGCGCAAACACAGUUGCACUCUCUAUUCCCUAACUCUCAUAAUCCUAUGGGACGGCAAUCCGACACGACCGGAAACAGUUCAGGCGCAGAACCAACGGCUUUACAUGCUUUCCGAGGCACGGGAGUGUACACACUUCGAACUUCCAGACUCCGGGCUGGUACUGAGAAUUUUCUGACAGAAAAACUAAUAACUUUUUAAUGGCCCGAGCUGGGAGUUGAACCUAGGACCCCCGGGUCUGCGGCCUUACAUCAAGCCACUAGACCAACGAGGCAGUCAUAACACCCAAUACAAAAUAUACGUUAAUUGCUAUUAUAUACUUGAUCUUUCAUAUACAAAUAUGCUUAAGAUGGUAAUUUUAAUAAUUUAGAAUAUUUUGUACUUUCAUACUUGUAUACGCUAUUUAGAGGAAGUCUUAAUAAACACUGGUUUCGCUCUUUCUGUCAUUAUUGAUUUGACAUUCGAAGAAAGAGGACAAUAGAACACAAGAUACCUCCCGUCUUAGUUCCAAUGACAGAUGAGAUAUUGUUGAUGUAAGUGAUGGUUAAUUUAUCCUUAAGUGCCAAUGUUUAUGGGUUUUGUAUAGUUACCUACAGUUAGGAAUACUUUAAACCAUUAAAAAGUACUAAAUU